AUGACGGAACGCUUACCAGGACCACCGGUUUUAAAGACUACUAUAAUCCAGCUCAACAAGGAUUUGGAUGUCGAAGAUGGGAAUUUUGAAAUCUUGACAAAUGAACAAACUUCCACUUCCUCCACCGGCGCGACGCCAUCAGCCGUUCCUGGAAAAAAGAAGAGGCGGCGUAGUACCGCCAAUGCCGAUGCAGAGGAAUUAGCCAAGAGAAGGCACGAGACAAAACAGCUUCAUUCGGUGAUAGAAAAAAGACGGCGGUUGAAGAUCAAUCGUGAGUUUGAAGCAUUGAAAUACCUCAUUCCCGCGUGUCGUGAAUCGGGCGCUGCCUCCAACUAUCCCAACACAACCUCCAAGUUUAACGGUAACAAGAUCGAUGGCAUGUAUAAACUCACCAUUCUCAAAGCUGCUGUCGAGUAUAUCUUGUACUUGCAUCGCACCAUCCAGCGUCAACAUUCGAUGCUCUCCCAAUUCGAAGGAAGCGACUUUUUCGACGCUUCGUUUGCCGAUGUCCCAUUGGACGUCAACCAGUACCGUGACAUCGACCACGACUUCAGUUUUAACGAUUUGCAUGAUGAAAAAAAGAACAACCACAAUGUGAUAGAGGAGGAUGAAGAAGGUGACAGUGAAAAUUCCAGCGAUCCCACCGACAACGGGGUGCCGACGCUCAACAAUUUUCGUCAGCUUCCAAGCCCGCAAAUAACCCCAGACAUGGGCCCCAUACUCUCUAUGAUGAAUAAACACCAACCAGCUUACUCCCCCACCAGAUCCUUGUCGCGUACUUCGUCAAUGUGUGAUUCACCAAGGGGGUAUUCCUAUCCCUCCACCACCGAGCCUUCGCCGCUUACAACUGCAUUGAAGUCCAAAGUUACCACCAGAUUCCUGUUACCGGAUCCAGCCAUUCCUGCCGAUGAAGUUGCCAUGCCGCAAAGACGUAUGUUCAAGACACUGGUGCCGGCCAACAACACCAUUAUGUCGUACCCUGGUUCGCUCGAGAUGGACGAGGACGCCACCAAAGCGUUGCUUGCACUCCGGAAGUCAAGCAUAGACAAUUUGUUGAAUUAG